CAUCCCCAACUGUGGCCCUUACGAAAGACCCCGGAAUUUCUGGUAAACACCAAACAAGGCUUCUUCAGCUCCUGCACAGGCUCCUGUUUCUCCAGAUGCUUUUACACAUCCAACAACUGUUUCAACAGACCUUCAAGUCACACAACAGAUAAUUGCCUGACAAAGUUGCAUCUUUGUGAGGAUCCUCACCAGAAUGGCUUCACAGCUCAGAGAAAAAUUUCAAACGGAGUCACCAGUAAAUGAGCUUGAACUAGACAAUCUAGAGAUUAUUCCAAACCAGGUUUCUCCUGUGCAGUGGGAAGGAAACAUGCCUAACUCCUCAAUUGCUCAGCUCAACUUUCCCCCAAAUAACAAUGGCUCCUGUGCAAAGCAGGAGCUUCAAACUCUCUGGGAGAUGUUCACGUCCUGGUUGCAGCCAGAAAAGCAGAGCAAGGAGCAGAUGAUUUCUCAAUUGGUCGUGGAGCAAUUUCUCAAAACGGGGCGCUGCAAGAACACGUUUGCCAUUAAAGAGAAGUGGGAAUCAAGUGGCAGAGACAUGGGGAGAUUCAUGGAGGGUCUGAAUGAUGAGUGCUUGAAGCCUCCUGUCAUGGUUCAUGUCUCCAUGCAGGGACAGGAAGCCCUCUUUCCUGAGAACAUGUCCUUAAAAGAAGUCAUCAAGCUUUUGAAAGAACAGCAAUCAUUAAAAACUGCAAAACAGCAGAAUGUAACAACACCCUUGCAGUUCCCACAAGACAAUUUAUUGGCAACAGGUUAUGAAAACAGUGAAGAUGGCCAAAACGUGUUCUUGAAAGGUCAUGAAACAAACAGUGUUUUUAGUAGUCCUGAAAAUGUGAUGUACUCCCAACUCAUUAUUCAGACUGGGAAGUAUCCUCAGCCUGAAGAGGCAGGUGUUUCUUAUGGAGUUCCUCUGGAUCUCAGCAGAGCAAGUGAAGGCAGCUCCCUGUACCAGGCAGAGUCCCUUAGGGCUCCUUCCUAUGAACAUAUCACUAUGGUUGUGCAGCCAGUGUAUCUCUCCUGCACAUACAAGUCUGAAGACACUGAAGAUGGCCACUACAUUAACUUGACCACAACUAAUGUAAAUUGUGGUGUUAGCAAUCUCAAAAAUCAGAGAGAUUCCCUUCUCAUAAUUCAGAGAGGGCAGAAUCCUGAGCCUGAACAGAGAGGUGUUUCUUACGGAGUUCUCGGGGAUUCUGCAAGAGCAAUUUGGGGCACAUCCAGGUCCCAGGCAAUGUCCCUAACAACCCAUUGUUCUCGACAUAUAUCUAGGGAAAUACCAGGGUACCUCUCUAGGCCAGAGCAGCCCACCUCUGAGCCUGUUCCUCUUUGGAAGUGUCAUAAGGGAAGUUUUAUAUGUGAGGGUCACCAAGAAAAACUCCAGAAGGAACUCAAGCCAUACAAAUGUGAGGAAUGUCCCAGGACCUUCGGAUAUCCCUGUAACCUCUCAGUCCACCAGAAAAGUCACAGGGUGGAGAAGUCAUUCUUCUCUACCCAUGGUCACACAGGUUUCUAUGAAAGCGCAGACCUCUGUGUUCCUGAGGCCAUACCCAAGCCAGAGAAGCCUUUCACAUGCAGCACAUGUGGAAAGUCUUUCAACCACAAGACCAAUCUGCAGGCUCAUGAGAGGAUUCACACAGGAGAGAAGCCCUAUACCUGCUCCCUGUGUAACAGUCAGUUCCGUCAGUCAUCCACCUACAACCGUCACCUGAGGAAUUACCACAAAUGAGACUGAACUGUUUAACCUUCCUCAGCAGAGGUUUGCUGAUUUUAGCCUGAGUGUGUCAUCUGCACAUGAAGAAGCAUGUAGUUUUUAAGGAACAUUUAACCAGAGAAGAUUUAUCACCUUGUGGAUUGUUCCUUCUUUCUGUUCUCCCAUCCCAUGGGCAUAUAUAUGAGUGUAAAGGAGAUGAUUCAAAUGUUAGUUUGUUUUCUGACGUUUGCCAAAUGCCUAAAAGUAACUGGUGUUUUAUUUCCAAAUACUAAAUAAAUGUU